AUGGCAAAUUCUUGCAUAUUCCUGUUAUUGGCAAAGGUUGAAGGAGGGAAUGGAACUGUGAAUGAUGUCGCAAACUCAGUAAUGCAGAGGUUCUGGGACCCUGCUCUUGCAUUGGAGCCUCCACAUGAGGAAUUCGAUAGCCGUAGGUUUGUUGAUGGGUCUUUUAAGGGUUAUUUUUCUUCCGUUUUCCUACGAGGCUAUGAUACAACUCUCCUUGUAUUGUUCAGCGAGGUAUCCUUACUCCUGCAGUCAGAGGCUGUAGAUGGAAAGAGUAGUGUUUAUCCCCCCGUGACUGGCUCUGAGAGCUUGGACGAGCUUGUGUCUUCUUCUAUAAGACAAAGAUUAAGUAUUGCUGAUGAAAAAGAAGCAGUGCAACUCUUGUAUGAAGAUGAUGAAGGUGGCCGAGUGCUGCUGACAACAGACGCCCAUCUUGCUGGUGCAGUGCUGCAUGCCAAAUCAUCUGGGUCGAAGUUAACUCUUUUUCUUGCCUUCUGUGAUUAUCUAUUCCAAGUGCAGAUUGUAGGGCUACAAAUUACUAGCUCAAUCCACCUGACUAAAAACAAAUGGUCACCAUGA